GCCUUGAUUGGGCAAGCCCAUGACGUCAUUGUUCAAUAUGGCGGCAUAUAAAUAAGCAAAAUGCAAACAAAUUUGUUUUACUUCUGGCAUUUCUAUGCUUCGCAUUGUUUCGAUCUCCCGUUUUCGUUAUUAUUUCAAAACUAAACUCUUUCUAAAAUACUCUUGUCAAAUUUUCACGAUGGGAGAGCCCCAAUUCUUUGCCGAAUACGCCAAACAAGGUCGUGCGAAAUGUAAGAAUUGUAAGGAGAAAAUAGAUAAAAGUUGUUUAAGAAUUGGUAAGCUCGUACCAAACCAUUUCAGUGACGAUGGAGGCAUGAUGAAGGAAUGGUAUCAUACGAAAUGUAUUUUUGAUAAGUUCAGCAGAGCAAGAAGUACAACGAAACGAAUAGACUCCACAGACGAACUGGAUGGAUUUACGGAUUUAGUUGACGAUGACAAAAAAUCAAUUCGACAAUACAUUGCUGACUUGGAUGAACUGAGAAAGCAAAGUCCUCAAUCUAAGAAAAAGAAACAAACGCAACUACCUUUUGCAUCAAAACCUGGGACUUCAAGCCAAAAAGAUGUCAAGAAACAAUCCGAGGGGUCGAGCAAAGAGAUAGAAUCCCCUGAGAAACCAAUCAAGUCAACAUCGUUUUACAAUUUUUGCCAACUGUGUUCCAAGUUGUUUGACGAACCGAGUUAUAAUGCAAAAACUUCCAUUGUGAAAAUGUUUCUAAAUAAAGUUCGGGAUGACGAUCAAGACGUUUAUCUGGUCGUCAAAUUGUUACUCCCGGGAGCUGUGAAAAGAAUUUACAACUUGCAGAACAAACAACUUGUGAAGUUAUUCAGCCAGAUAUUUGAUUGCAGUUUGGAGGAAAUGAUUGCGGACUUGAACCAGGGUGAUGUUUCUGAAACAGUGAAAAAGUUUUUUGAGGAGAGUCACGACAAAACACCAUCAAAGAAGAGUACUUUAACACUACAAGAGGUGGAUAAUUUUCUUGACAAAAUGUCAACUUUAACGAGAGAAGACGAACAACAAAACGAGUUAACCAAAAUAACAAAGAGGUGCACUUCCAACGACCUGAAAUACGUUAUUCGUUUGAUCAAACAUGAUUUGAAAAUCAAUGCUGGAGCCAAGCACGUACUCGAAGCAUUAGAUCCAAAUGCAUAUGCAGCCUUCCACGCCUCUCACAAUCUUCAAGAUGUGGUUGAACGUUGCUUAAAGAGGAAAGAUGGCCCAGGAUUGACAAGAAACUUAAGCAUCAAAACAAGAGUAAUGACACCAGUUAAACCAAUGUUGGCCGAAGCGUGUAAAUCCUUUGCUUCUGCCAUGAAAAAAUGUCCAAAAGGGAUGUUUGCUGAGAUCAAAUAUGACGGUGAACGAGUGCAGGUCCACAAAAGCGGAAACGAUUUUCAGUUUUUCAGUAGAAGUUUAAAACCCGUCAUUCCACACAAGGUUGCUGAAAUCAAGGAAUAUUUACCUAAAGCAUGUCCACAUGGAAACGACCUCAUACUUGAUAGUGAGGUGCUUCUUGUCGAUCAUAAAACUGGCAAACCAUUGCCUUUUGGUACACUUGGUAUCCACAAGAAAUCAUCGUUCAAAGACGCGAGUGUUUGUCUGUUUAUUUUUGACUGUCUUCAAUUCAAUGAUAAAAACUUGAUGCAAAAACCCAUGGAAGAACGCAGGAAACUUCUUGAGCGAAAUGUAAAAGAGAUUAAAAACCACAUCAUGUUGUCAGAAACGAAACUUAUUCAGAAUAAAGCUGCUUUGUCCGAUCUGAUGAUGAAAGCUAUUGACGAAGGGUUGGAAGGACUGGUUAUGAAAGACCUCAAGAGUAUUUACGAGCCUGGAAAACGACAUUGGUUGAAGAUGAAGAAGGAUUACUUGGAGGAAGGUUCCAUGGCAGACACUGCUGACCUGGUUGUUUUAGGUGCAUAUUAUGGCACAGGAUCUAAAGGUGGAAUGAUGUCUGUCUUCCUGAUGGGAACCUACAACAAGUUUACCAAAAAAUGGUGUACAGUUGCCAAGUGUGGUAACGGUCACGAUGAUAAAACCUUGGAGAAAAUUAAUAAAGAAUUACAAGUGGUUAAAAUUAGUAAGGAGAGUUCUAAAGUUCCGUUAUGGCUGAAUGUUCACAAGACUCUUCUUCCUGAUUUUGUGGUUGAAGACCCAAAGGCCGCGCCUGUAUGGGAAAUCACUGGAGCGGAGUUUAGUAAAUCAACAACCCAUACUGCUGAUGGUAUUUCAAUUCGUUUUCCAAGAGUGACAAAAGUCAGAGAAGAUAAAGACUGGGCAACUGCAACUAAUCUUCAAGAGUUGAAGAAACUUGUCGCUGCAUCAAAAGAGACUUCGGAAAUGAAAACAGUAUCUUCGACAAGUACAGUAAAGGAUGAUGACGUAAUGGAGACAACGGAAGAACCUGAGACAAGUGGAGAGUUUGGGGAUGAUGAGAGAUGUCGAGGACAGAAGAGAAAAAGUGAAGGCACUGAUGAUGGGGCAACGUCAAGCAAGAAGGCAAAACCAAUGUGUAUGUACGGCUCAAAAUGCUAUCAGAAAAGUCGCAAACACAGAGAAACUUAUAUCCACGAUGAAGCCAGCGAAGACGAGGAAAGAAAAGAUGACGUGACUCUGCCAUCCAUAUUUCAUGGAACAAAAAUAUUCAUCGAAGAUGAUGUUAAAGAUACGAGAAAAUUGAAGAGAUACAUUGUGGCUUAUGACGGUCUGAUGAUGUGUGAAUACGAGAGAAGCCAGGCUACUCAUAUUGUAUCUGAAAAGACUGGCCAAGAGACUCCAGCUCAGUUUUGGGUGAAACCAUCUUGGAUAUGGGAAUCAAUAAAAGCAGCUAAAAUGUUGUCUGAGGAUGAAUUCAAACCAUGAAAUGGACUAAUUUUAGACAAAACUUAUUUAUUUGAAAAAGAAUAAUAAUUGCAAUACACACAAGCCAAUCAUAUAAUGAUAUAAAUACUAAUUUAAUUUGUGAUAAAGCUUUAAAGCAAUUAAGUAUUUCAUAUGUCAUGAAAUAUUAUAUGACAAUAUGAAAUAUGGGUGUUUCGUCCUUGGGCGUUUGAGCAUGUAAGCAAAACCUGAUCUCAUAUUAAUAUCAACACUAUUUUACAUCGGUCAGAAGGUUGGUUCAUGACUAUAAAUGCAGACCUGCUAUUUGAACGUGUUCUUAAUAUACGAUACUUGCUGUUAUCAUGCAAUUUUCUGUUACCAUGUCAGUGUAUUGCAUGUAA